CGGAAUCGACGUGACCGAUGACGACGACGUUAAUGUGACCCUUUUCCUUACCCAUUGUGAAUUAAUGUGUUUAAUGAUGAGAGAGAAGAAAAAAAAAAAGGAAAAUAGAGGGGUGAAAAAGAAGAGGAUCGCACUACAUUUAUAUCGUGCAAGGCCAACCCUGGCAGUGAAGCAAAGUGGAAAACUUUUUCACAGCAACGCAACGGACGAAAAAAAAGAAAUCAAAAAUGAUAACAAGAAAAAAUAUUUUUUUCCUACCCUACAGGCAUUACCCGGCUGCAUAGCCUCCAAUUAACCAAUAAUGUCAAGUAAAUGGCAGGUUACCCGGUCCCCCACUUGUCAGCCGUGUACGUGUUCGAAGAGCUUUCCCCCCAUAUAACCUAUGACUCCACUUGUCUGUUAAACCAUUUGGUGGCGGGUGGCGACUGUCAUCCUGUCUCUGAGUGGUGCUUUGAACGGUGCAGGUAUGACAGGUAAGUGCAGAAUCGAGUCACCAGAAAGUUCCAAAGAUGACCGUUUCACCUUGCUAUUUAUGGAUCGGAGCGCACUUGGUGACUCUUACUCUAAUAACCGUAGAACCUUAUAUCAUUUAACGCACGAUUCUUCGUGUGAAAGAAUACGUAAGGCGUCAAGAAUGCAGCAAGAUUUAGCAGGCCACCGAUCCAAAAAGGCAAUUGAGUGAUUUAAAC